AGAAGAAAAAAUUAACCCCACUUUCUCCGCCUAGAAACGUCAAAAAUUUUACAAAAUAUUUAAAAUGUAUCCAAUGUAUUUAAACGUUUUAAAAUGCCUUAGAAUAAACAUCAAUAUCCGUUAUUUAUCCAACGUACAAACGAAACAAACAGUUUCCGACUGUAUGCCAUCUUAUUUUACGCUUUCGAAAGGACUCGAAGCUAACUCAGACCUUUCAAGCUCAUUAAUAAACAAUAUGACUGUUCACGACGAUUUUCUCAGCCCAACCGAAGAACAAACGAUACUAGAAGAAAUAGAACCUUACAUGAAGAGACUGAGGUACGAGUUCGAUCACUGGGACGACGCCAUCCACGGCUACCGAGAAACGGAAAGACUAAAGUGGAACGAAGUUAACACCAAAAUACUCGACAGAGUGCGAGCCAUCGCCUUCCCUCCCAACGUCGAGCAAUUGAAGUAUGUGCAUAUAUUAGAUUUGGACAAAACCGGCUACAUCAAGCCCCACAUAGACGCCGUUAGAUUUUGCGGUAAUACAAUAGCCGGUUUGAGCCUGCUCAGCGACAGUAUUAUGCGACUAGUGCACGAUAAAAACAAAGAUUUAUACGCCGACGUGCUGCUUAAACGAAGGUCUUUGUACAUCAUGAAAGACACGGCACGAUUCGAUUACACGCACGAAAUUUUAUGCAACGAAAAAAGCAUCUUCAAAGGCGCGCAAAUAUUCAAAGACAGAAGGAUAUCCGUGAUAUGUAGAAACGAACCGAAUCCGGAAAAUAAACGCCUGUGAGGUA